CUGGUCAUUUAGAGGCGUAGAAUAUUUUCAAGCCCAUAAUAAUGUUGCUAAUUAAUCUUAAUGAUGCUCGUAUUUCCAUGUUGUAUAGCCCGCAUUUUUGACCUAUCACCUAGUAUCGAAUGAUACGUAGUUCGAUACGCUUCCAAAACUCCGUUUCCGUGGUAAGUAUUCUGUAUAUGUAAUUCAACCCUAGUCUCAUGUUACAUGCCAUGCGAUUUUGAGAGUGGCCUUAGGAAGUAAAGCGUCUCCCGUAAGUGACCUGUGACUCGUUACAUGGGCCAGUAUAUAUAGCCCGGCUUCUCCCAAAUCAAUGAACAUAGAAUUCAAGACCUCAUUCACAGACGGUAUUACAAUCCUAGCAUUCUCCUACAUCCGUCGCGAACCUUCUGUUCAUAUUCCGCCCUGUUCUCUCUCCAUUGCUUGGCAGCUUCCACGUUUGCUGGACUCUCAUCAUUUGGUUCCGCUAACAUACUCAUCACACUUAUUAAGAUUUUCUCGACACUUUGUAUGGGUGACCAUCGCUCCGAUGCAUGUUCAUAGUGGUUCGGAUCGUCUCCAGCCGGGUGGAGAAUAGAUAUACAGACAAGACCGCUGGGGUAGACUAAUAAUAGCACGUAUCAGUAUUGCACUCUCCAAGCUACGAUGUGUCGGACAUCGUUGAUGUCGGAGUAAAGAAAAAAGAAAGGAGAUCAUACCAUUGGGGUGCCAAACUUCCCCAAGAAACCUCAUACUCGGCGGAGAAAGUGGAUAGUCUUUGGGAAACUGCAACUCGGCAGCGAACACUCCCCCUUCGAACGGCGUACCCUCUGGCCCUUCUAUUAAAGCCUCCCAGCAAAGUAAGUCAUCUUCUGUCACCGGACCUGCAGUAAUACCGUCUGGUGGGUUAUUUGUAAGGGCGCGAUAUUCCUGAAGAAGACGACGCUGCGCAGUAGCUGAAGCCAUAUUGUUUAGGUUGUUGUGUUAAAUCGUGGGGAAGAGAUAAGGUACAGCUGGAGGUCGAAGAUGGAUGGUUGGGAUCCCCGGAGACAAUGGAAGGUUGUGGCGGUCUGGAGGUGUGGCUGAAAAAUCACGCUAAAAUUGAGACCUGAAACUUCUAGCGUCGCAAUGAUCACUAUAACUUACCCCGCCAUGCCGGUGAAUACCCGUUCGAAAUCCGUCUUGAGCUCUUUUACUAGGUAUUCUCUAUCACUUCACUAUAUAGCUACGUAUUAAUCGAGGCUCCAUCAAAAAAUACUCAUUAUUCCUCAAUAAACUUGCGACUGGAAUUAGCUCCCAAUCAUGUCUGCGACUCAAACCCCUCUCAAGAUUGGAUACGUCCCUGAGCACUUUUCUACCCCUCUUCACUUUGCGGAAAAGCAUUUCGGUCUAGAAGCCGAAUUUAUCCCAUUCCCAUCUGGCACUGGGCAUAUGAUUACAUCUAUACGCUCGGGAGAAAUCGAUGUAGGUAUUGGUCUCACUGAAGGUUGGGUAGCUGGAUUGGGGAAAUCUGAUGUGGAAGGAGAUGGAGGAUAUAGAAUUGUCGGGACUUAUGUUGAAACGCCAUUGUGCUGGGCGAUCUCGACCGGCGCAAACAGACCAUUGAAUAGCAUCGCACAUCUGAAGAACGGCAAGAUUGGAGUCUCAAGAAUCGGGAGCGGAAGCUAUGUGAUGGGAUUUGUUCUUGCAGAUGAGCAAGGUUGGCUCAACGAAAGUCAAUCGUCAGAGGGACCAUUCGAGGUCGUUCCUUUACAAACGUUCGAGAAACUGCGCAACGGUGUGAACGAUAGCACAGUGGAUUUCUUCAUGUGGGAACAUUUUACCUCCAAACGAUACUACGACAAUGGAGAGAUCAAACGUAUCGGGGAAAUAUAUACACCAUGGAGCAGUUGGAAAAUUGUUGCCAGCACAAAAGUCCUUCAAAGCACAGAAGAUAAGAGGUUGGACGAUUUGUUUGAGAAAAUCGACAAGGGAGUUAGAUAUUUCGAGAAGAACCAGGCUGAGGCGGUGAAAUAUAUCAGCACUUCGUUGGAUUACAGCGAGGAGGAUGCAAAUGAAUGGUUGAAGACGGUCAGAUUUGCAAGUGCCACAAAGAACGUAGAUUUAGCGGUUAUCCAGAAGACUGUGGCUACUUUGCAGAAGGCCAAAGUGCUAGGAGAUGAUGGCAUGUCAGCAGAACAGAUGAUUGCUCAAUAAACUUGAGCACAGAUUGUUUGGGGAUUUGUUUCUAGUAAAGAAAUGAGGUAAUGGUUAUCACUACUACCCAUCACCAAAAUCGCAUUGCAAAGUUAUAGGACGACAGCUAUUCAAUGAACUUGUGUCUCCUUACAAGCUGUCAUACUUUCAUUUACUAUCUUUUAUCUUUAUAAGCUGCGCCACUUGGGAAAGUGCUGAGAAUACUAUGCAAGACUCAAGAGCAUCUGUUUUCCUUGUCUAAGCUCGACUAAACGUUCGCCAUGUUCAAGAGGUGAGUUGCCACGACACGUGUUCGAGUACGUGAUCAGCUUCGCUCAGACCGCAGUUCCUUGUGUAUCAUGAUUCAUCCGAUGGCACUAUGCAUGCGAAUAAACGCUCUAAUAGUCAAAACCUGUUAAUAGAGGGAAAAGGCCGGUCGAUCCAUGGAGACUAUAGAAAAAUAUGCAUAUCAUCGAAGCACAUUCACUUGUGUCUAAGUAGCAUUUCUUUUCAGGUCGCCGUCACUAUCCCUCGCCUCUAUGGCACUUUGCAUGCCCGUGGAGGGGAAACCUUUAUCUGGCACUUGGCUCUUUUAGAAAGCUUUCCUCGACGCGAGUGCCAAGGAUUUCAUUUAUAGCUGAAUUUGGUUGACAGUCGACUUGAAAAUGCCAAAGUGACUAUGUAACUUGCUUCAAAAUCCAGCACAAGAGGCGAAUGAACGGCUCGGUUGCGAGAGCAACAGCUGGUGAUCACAGGACUGCGCUGUAGUUUUUGGCUACCAUUGUGAUUAUGAUAUGGUUUCCAGAAUUUCAUCCAGCCUUAUUAUUUUGUAUCGCUUCGAGCAUCAUAGCCACGACGAGAUCGAUUCAUUGCACUUAUUUCCAAAGUCUAUGAAAGUCAAAUUGAAGCAUCAGGAGAUGCGUGUAGAAGAUACCAGAAUGCUCGACUGUGUACACAACGAUGAUGCACUCUGUACACCCGAAAGGCAGAGAUUCAGCG